GUGCUCUGUACGAAUUCAUACAUCUAAAAAAUGAUUAAAUUGGUGGUCUUGACAGCAAUAUUGGCUCUUGCAAGUGCCGAUGUGUCCCAUGUAAUUAAAAAUCAAUAUAAUGGAGUUUACAAUAAACAAUACAAUGGUCAGUAUAAUGGACAGUAUACUCGUUACAAUCAAUAUAACCAAGGGCAGCAGAUUCCAAUUCUUCGUCAAGAAUCUGAUGUAGCUGCUGAUGGUAGUUACAGAUAUGCGUAUGAAACUGCCAAUGGUAUAGCAGCCCAAGAGCAAGGUGUUGGAGGACAUCACGCUCAAGGCAGCUUCGCCUGGACUUCCCCGGAAGGACUUCCGGUCCAAAUCAGCUACGUAGCCGAUGAAAAUGGCUACCAACCUGUCGGUGCUGCUAUCCCCACUUCCCCACCGAUCCCAGAAGCUAUUUUGAGAUCUAUUGCUUAUAACCAAGCUCAUCCCCAUGAACAAGACGAGGAAGCAAGAAAAUAUAAUAAUUAUAACUAUAACAGGAAAUUUAAUAAUUAUUAUAAGAAGUAUUAA